AUGAGCACCGCGUUUGACCGCGUUCAUAAUCUCCUCAGGUCCACAGACGAAGUCAAAGUCGUUCUUGAAGCGAUCUUUAUCCCAGGAUCUGCCGCUUCCCAAGUCCCAGACGCACGGCAGGACGCCCAGAAUAAGCGAAUAUUGGCGGUGAUUUCGCACAAGGAUGAUUGGGAUUUGACUGAGGAAGGAUGUGUCUUCGUCUGCAAGCCUAGAGUACCAAGCGAUGACAACGGCGACGAGCUCGAGAUUCACCGUGUUCUACCAAUCUACGGAAACUUCUCCAUCGUAAUGAGUCAAAUGCGCAGAAGCACUAUAGAUCUUCGAGGAGGACUGCAGAAAGCUGCUGUGGAGCAACCGCGUUCUGGCUUUAGUUUGGCUGUUACCCCAGCAGAAGGACUUCAGGAUGAGGCGAAGCCAGCACUGUUCUACAUUCAGGACGUUCAAGAACUCCGGGAUUUCGUGUCUGAAUGCAAGAGAUUGAAAGCGGAGACUAAUAUCGACAACAAUGAAGUGAUCAACAUUGCCCAGUCGACGACGUAUUUCAGUUGGUUGAGACCGUACAUUCUCAAGCAAAUCUCUCCGCUGCUACUGGCCUCUAUUCCGCCUGACCUACGACUCGUGAAUCAGCCUCUCCAUGAACGACUCUCGCCAGCAAGUGCUGGCCAGCCUGGCGAUGACUACGCCGAUCUCCAUCUAAUGAGAGACGAGUGGGUUCGAGCGGAGGCUAGGAGGUCUUGUAUUAGUGGAAGGCAGAGCUUGCGACUGCGAAUAGGAACGUUCAAUGUAAAUGGAAAGCUUCCUUCUCAAGAUUUGUCGAGUUGGAUUCAAGGUCCACCAUCCACUUCGUUGCCCAAGAUCGAAGCUGUUUCGCCGUUGUCGCUGAGCGAGGUUAUCGGGAACCCGUUUGAUAAGCAACGGACGUCAAAGUUUCAAUCUGUAAAACUGACCAAGGCUGAACCAGUAGACCCUGACGAUAUGGAUCCGGAGAUUCUGGUAUGGGGGUUCCAAGAGCUAGACCUUUCAACGGAAGCCUUGAUUUAUUCCACGUCGACUGCACGAGAGGAUGCUUGGUGCACCGCAAUCCUUGCUGCACUUGGAGAAAAGAGGGACAAGUACGAAAAGGUUGGAUUCACUGCCAUUACCUUGGCGUCGAAGCAACUUGUCGGAAUGCUACUCAUCAUCAUGGUUAAGAAAGGUGUUCGAGCAUGCUUUACUGACGUUCAGACCGUCUAUGCUGGGGCUGGUAUCCUCGGAGUGAUGGGAAACAAAGGAGGAACGGCCAUUCGAGUAUCAUUCACCCCUGCGAAGGGCACCAAGCCCACUAUCCUCACAUUUGUGAAUGCACAUCUGGCAGCAUUCGAUGAGAUGGUGGACAAACGCAACCAGGAUUUUCAUGAUCUGUCGAAGAGGUUGAAUUUCCCUGUUUCGCUGCCUUCGAAACCAGAGGAAGAAGAUGACAUGUCGUACUCGCUCCCUCAGUCAACUGCGUAUGAAAGCGAUGUGCUGUUCUGGAUGGGAGGUUGGAUCGACGUCGGGGAUAUGGACCUGAGGAGGAUCUUGAGGGACGAAGAGUGGAACAAUCGUGAAAAGUUUGCCUCCUUGCUGCGCUAUGACCAGCUUCAUAAAGCUAUUGAGGCCAAGAAGGCAUUCGUCGGAUUCCACGAGAGCCCCAUUACACAUCUUCCGUAG